AAAGUGUAAAUUAAGAAACUUAAGUGAAAAGAAGUGUCGAAUAAUCGAACGCCAAACAAAAGCAGAGCAUCAGAAAAUAAAAUCAUUUUGCACAAAGCGUUUGUACAUUCCCGUAGCGAAGAAGUUACUAAUAUUUCGUGUAAAACGCAAUAGUGUAAAAUAAAUAACACACCCGACAAAGUCUUACUAGAAAUACAUAACAAAGAACUAACGAACUGAAACGAAAUAAAAAAAAUUCAAUAGAAGUGUCCGAGUGGUGACUGCAAAACUCUCAAAUACAGAAAAAAAGUAGAGAAAAGUGCGAAGAAUAAACAAAGGACAACAAAUAAGAGCAAUUGCAGUGAUUUCAUGCAAAUAAAAAUAGCUAUUUGUUAAAUAAAAGUGAAAACUAAUAACUUUACGAAAGUAUCAACUAACAACUAUUCACAGUUUUGGUGAUUUAAUUACUUCAACACAGCAAUAAGAGAGAAGGAAAAGUUUGAAUUAUGGCUACCUCAGGAUAUCAACUAAAUUUCAAUCAGGAUUUCUCUUCAAUCUCCGUUUUGGACGGCAACGAGGGCUUUCGUAUUUUCGCCAUUGAAGAUUAUGACAAGGUCGAGGAAAUCUUCGCCCGGGAUUCAGAGAACUACAGUUUAAUAGAACGUCAAUUUAAUACAUCACUGGUAGUGCUGGUGCCUGCCGAUAAGCCGAAUUGUUUGCUAAUGAUGAAUUAUAAGAAAAAUCAGAGAAUCUGCAAUUGUGUCUACGCUACGAAAGUAAUCAGUGUGCGAUUGAAUCGUCAACGUCUAAUUGCCGUGCUAGAGGAGAGCAUACACAUACAUGACAUAUCUAACAUGGAAGAGCUGCAUGUUAUUGGGAAUUUGGCGCCCAAUCCAUUGGGCUUAUGUACGCUAUCGUACAACUCGGAUUUGGCCUUUCCCAUUAGUAACACUACCGGCGAGUUGCGUAUAUUUAAUUCAUUGAAACUGACAGAGGGCAUAACGAUUGAGGCGCAUAAAAGUCGUUUAUCAGCGAUGCAUUUCACGCCCAGCGGUAACCUGUUGGCCACCACCUCGGAGCGUGGUACUGUGAUACGUGUAUUUUGUGCGAAGAAUGGUCAACGCAUUCAGGAGUUUCGGCGCGGCGUCAAGCGUUGCGUGCGCAUAGCAUCAUUGGUAUUUUCGCUUAAUGGCCGCUUCCUCUGUGUCACAUCCAAUACGGAAACUGUGCAUAUAUUCAAAGUCGAUAUGUUGGCUGCGAGUAAAGCGAUAGAAGAGGCUGAAGAAGCGGAGCGUAUGGAAAAACUGGAGACAGAGGAAACAACAGCAGAGAAAACAGUUGCAACCAUUAGUGAUACAGCUGUCGCCGGUACGUCGCCGUCGGAUGUGAAUAGCGGCUGGUCCGACUAUAUUUCGAAGGCAGUAUCAACAUAUCUAUUGCCCACACAAGUGUCCGAUGUGCUCGCGCAGGAUCGUGCAUUCGCCACUGUAACGCUGCAACAGCCAGGCAUGCGUUACGUAUGUGGUAUGACAUAUUUGGGUAAGGAAAUGAAAGUGCUGAUAGCUAGUGAGGAUGGCUUUCUCUACAUACACGAAUUUGAUGCAUUACGCGGCGGUAUAUGUGAGCUGGUGGCCGUACAUGACUUACGCGGCGUCUUAGAUGGUGUUGUGGAGGUGAAUAUCUCCGAUAAUGGUGAUAAAAUGUCGCCUGGUUCAUCUAAUAAGGAACCGAAUGGUAGCAGAAACCUUUCCACAAAAAAUUGCAAUCGUAGCUCUGCAAAUGCGGCAUCUAGUAGUAGAUCAACAACAAAAUCAAGUUCAAGUACAAGUACAAGUAAUAAGAAAAACUGUGGCAUUUCACGCUGUAUCAUACAAAAUCCUGUACCGGAACCAGACAAUUCGUAUUCCGGUAUUGUAAAGGGACCACAAGCUGCCAAUCCACUAACAGCAGAUUCUGCCAAGCAUCGUCUACUAUGCGAUGCCAUUGAAACGCCAAUAAAACUCUUCGAUGAACGCCAAUUCCCGCCCGUGGCAAUUGCAGCGCGCGAUUGACCAACCAACAAGCGUCGGAGUGAGGAGAAGGAACGUUUUACCGCCGCUGCGAAAGCUUAAAUAUAUAUACAACAUAUGUAUGUAAAUUAAUUAACGGCAUAAAUUUGUUAAAAGAAAGAAAAAUAAGUUAUUAAUUACAAUUGAGGCUUUCGUAAAGCACAACAGCUGCAUUAUAAUAAAAAAUUGAAUAAAUACUUAUAAUUAAUGAUUAAAUUAGCAAAAUACAUACAUAUGAAGCGUAUC